GUGGCUGGGGACGGAGAUGGGAGUGUGAGAGGGCUGAGAACGGGGACCUGGGGAAGCUCAGAUGGGAGUCCAGGGAAGCUCAGAGUAUGGAAUUCUGGAAGACUCGAGGUGGGGAGUCUAAGGGGUUCGGGUAGGGAAGAAGGUUGGAGAGGAGUUAGGCUCCGGACUAAAGGCCCAAGGUUGCUGCAGGGAAGGGGCGCUCGGGAGGAGAAGUGUGAAGGGGUCCAGAAUGGGGAGAUACGAGGAGACUGAGGGUGGACCUUUCUUAGGAGACGAGGGGGCACAUGGGUGUUGAGAGUGGGGCACCUGAAAGGGUUUGAGGUGGGAGGAGGGUGCAUGGUGACUUUGAAUAUUGUUAGAGAGCCAGACUCAUGGUUUCAAGUCUGAAGUUGUUAGGAUGGGGUCUCAAACUGUUUGAAGGGAUUUUGGGGGUGCGGCCCUGGAAGUCGUGGAGCUCUUGAGAAUGGCUUCCAGUGAGGUCAGAGGAUGUUCUCUGUGAGAAGCUUAAGAAGGCAAAAAUGUGUGUAGUUUGAGAGGUCGUUGUGGAUGGAGUUUGGGGCAGCGGGGCAGCCUUCUGAGCACUCACUGUGUACGGGUGGCUUUUGAGAUGCUGAGAAUUCGGGUUUUAGAAACCAAGACUGGGUGCAUGGAGUUGGUGUCGAUGGAGGAUGAGGACGCCAGGGUCCCAGCCCUGGAACCAUUCAGGGUGGAGCAGGCACCACCUGUAAUCUACUAUGUCCCUGACUUCAUCUCCAAGGAAGAGGAAGAGUAUUUGCUUCGACAGGUCUUCAAUGCCCCAAAGCCAAAGUGGACCCAGCUCUCUGGGAGGAAGUUACAGAACUGGGGACCCCAUUGCCCUCUCCCAGGUGGGCUCCCCCAUCCCCGGGGGAUGGUUCCUGAGCGGCUGCCUCUGUGGCUCCAGCGCUACGUGGACAAAGUAUCUGACCUCAGCCUUUUUGGGGGUCUCCCAGCCAACCACGUCCUUGUGAACCAGUAUCUGCCUGGGGAGGGCAUCAUGCCCCACGAGGACGGGCCACUCUACUACCCGACCGUCAGCACCAUCAGCCUGGGCUCCCACACCAUGCUGGACCUCUACGAGCCGCGGCAGCCAAAGGAUGAUGACCUUGCAGAGCAGCCCCUGUCCCCGCCCCGGCCAGCCACCUCGCUGCUGCUGGAACCGCGCAGCCUGCUGGUGCUCCGUGGCACCGCCUAUACGCGCCUCCUCCACGGCAUCGCAGCUGCCCGCGUAGACGCGCUGGACGCCGCCUCCCUGCCGCCCAACGCCGCCGCCUGCCCGUCCGCGCAGCCCGGAGCCAACCUGGUCCGCGGCACGCGCGUCUCGCUGACCAUCCGCCGCGUGCCCCGCGUGCUGCGCACCGGCCUCCUACUGAGCAAGUGACCAGCGCCUGUCCAGCUUGCAUUCCCGGGCUCUCCGCCUCGGCCUGACAGCGUCCACCCUGUGACCUUGGAACCCUG